AUGUUGAGCAGCAUAAUUUUAUAUGCCUUCCUGUUGGCUUUUCCAUCGGCUGCAAAAGGGCAGUGGGAUGCCUCACGAUUUACAUGGUACACUUCCCCGGCUUCGGAUUUCGCAUCUAGCGUACCUAUCGGAAAUGGCAGAGUGGCUGGAACGGUUUGGGGGGGCGCCUCUGAGCUGGUAUCCUUGAAUGAGAACUCCAUCUGGAGCGGGCCUUGGCGAAACCGUGUGAAUCCAAAGGCACUAGGUGCCUUGCCAAGCAUCCGUUCACUGCUCUCAUCCGGUAAUCUUACUGCAGCAGGCCAGUCUGUUCUCGCAAAUAUGGCAGGCAACCCAACCUCGCCACAGGGAUACCAACCUCUCGGAAAUCUGUCUCUGGAAUUCGAGCAUUCGAGUUCUGGAAUGUCGUCCUAUACCCGGUACCUAGAUACUUAUGAAGGUACUGCAUUCGUCACGUACAAUUACGCAGGUGUCAACUAUACCCGUGAAUACAUUGCAAGUUACCCGGCUGGCGUGUUGGCUGUCCGACUCUCCUCUAGCCAAGCUAAAAAGCUCAAUGUCAAAGUCUCCUUGUCUCGCAGCAAAUGGGUCCUUGAUCAACAUUCGAAUAGUAGUAGUAGCAUAGUUGGGACCAACUCUAUUAUUCUAAAAGGCAACAGUGGUCAGUCGAGCGGGGCAAUCACGUUCUCUUCCGAAGCAAGAGUUGUCAACCACGAUGGUACUGUUAGCAGCGAUGGAAAGUCGAUUUCCGUAACCAGUGCUACAAUUGUUGAUCUCUUUUUCGACGCCGAAACAUCAUAUCGAUACUCAAGCCAGACCGCUUGGGAAGUGGAGCUAAAGCGCAAAUUGGAUGCAGCCGUGACGUCGGGCUAUAAUGAAGUACGAAGUGCAGCAAUUUCAGACAACACGGCACUGAUCGGACGCAUGAGCCUCGACCUGGGUUCUUCUGGCUCCGCAGGAAAUCAACCGACCGACACACCUAUCACAAACUACAAGGGGAGUCCCAACAAUGACCCUCAACUGGCCACGCUGAUGUUCAAUUUUGGUCGCUACCUUUUGGUGUCUUCCUCCAGGGAUACUGGUGGUUCGAAGUCUCUGGCGGCAAACCUACAGGGCAUUUGGAACAAAGACUUCAGCCCCCCUUGGCAGAGCAAAUACACUAUCAACAUUAAUAUCGAAAUGAAUUACUGGCCAGCAGAGGUUACUAAUCUUCAGGAGACACAUGCAGCUCUCUUUGACCUUCUUGAUGUAGCGCGAAUGGAGAUGGCAACAAACAUGUACGGAUGCACAAACGGCGGCUUCGUAUUACACCACAAUAUUGAUCUCUGGGGUGACGCUGCUCCCACAGAUUACGGAACUCCAUACAUGAUGUGGCCUAUGGGUGGAGCUUGGUUGUCUCUCCAUCUUAUGGAGCACUAUCGAUUCACCGGCGAUAAGUCCUUUUUGCAAAAUCGUGCUUGGCCGGUACUCCAAAGUGCCGCCAACUUCUACUAUUGCUACCUCUUCACGCACAAUGGAUCCUGGAGUACCGGUCCGUCGCUUUCUCCUGAAAAUUCCUUUGUUGUCCCUUCGAACAUGGAAACGGCCGGUAAGAGCGAGGCUAUAGACAUCGCCCCGACUAUGGACAACUCGAUAUUAUACGAACUCCUCAACGCCGUCAUUCAAACUUGUAAUGUCUUGGGAAUUACAGAUAGUAACCUCACAAACACCAAAAACUAUCUUUCAAAGAUCAAGCCACCACAAAUUGGGUCAAAGGGUCAGAUUCUGGAAUGGCGCAACGAGUAUGCCGAGACUUCUCCGGGACAUCGUCAUAUGAGCCCUAUUUUUGGUCUCUUCCCCGGAUCUCAGAUGACUCCUCUGAAGUCCUCAAGUCUCGCAGCCGCUGCCAAAGCUCUUGUUGACAACCGAAUGAGCCACGGUUCGGGAAGCACAGGCUGGUCUCGCACCUGGGCCAUCAACCUAUAUGCUAGACUGUUCGAAGCCGAUACAGCAUGGAGCAAUGCAAUAUCCUUCCUGCAGAAAUUCCCCACCAACAACCUAUGGAACACCGAUACGGGUCCAGGGACUGCAUUCCAGAUCGACGGUAACUUUGGUUUCGUGUCUGCGAUUGCGGAAAUGCUUCUUCAAAGCCACCAAGUAGUGCAUCUUCUUCCAGCUCUUCCAUCCGCAGUACCUACGGGAAGCGUCAAAGGUCUCGUGGCGCGCGGAAACUUCGUUGUGGACAUUACCUGGUCUGGUAUGGCACUCACAAGUGCAACCAUCACGUCAAAAAUUGGCGGCACGCUUGCGAUCUGUCUUCAGGCUGGCAAGGCCUUUUCUAUUAACGGGGCUAUAUACUCCACACCAAUUACCGCAACGGCUGGGGGGGUCUACACUAUUCGUCCGGUGUAAGGUUCAGCUUUUUGCUUCGGGAUUAAAGGGUUUUCUGUAUCUUUGUUGUACCUGAUCUUUUAUUUUCGGGGUUUUGCUCCUCUAGCCACUAUAACUAAUAUGUCUCCUGCUUUUCAUUGACUUCCUCGCAUGAACUUCUCGUUCAUCCUAGGGAGUGAAGUGAUCCUGUCUGGCCUUUCGUCUAAGCGAAUCAAAUUUAUAGCUCUUGCACUGGCUCAACUUGAGAAGUUUAUUCAUUAUUUAUACCCGCGCAAAUUUUCAAAGACUCUGCUAGUUGCCAUUCAGGUGACCUUUCGCACUAGAUUAGCUCAGCUAUAGAGUCAUAUAAGCCUUCUCUUAAUUUAU